AUGGCGGAAGCGGUCACCGAACCCAUUCCGAGCGCCGCGACCACCGCCGACGUGCCCAAGACGAAAGAGAAGCUGGAGGAGCUCACCAGGGCCGCCUCGCUGCAAUACUCACUGAAGAACUACUCCACCGCCGCCGACCACUAUGCCGACGCGGUCGAGAUACAGGCCGAGCUUAAUGGUGAGAUGGCACCUGAGAAUGCGGAGCUGCUCUUCUACUACGGACGCGCGCUGUACAAGGUUGCCAUCGCGAAGAGCGACGUUCUAGGCGCAAAAGUGGUACAGGAGGAGAAGAAGAAGUCCAAGACGGAGAAGUCGCAGAAGGAGGCAUCGGAACGACCAGCUCCAUCAGCCAAUGGCUCGAAAGCAGAGGGGAAGGAAGAGACUGUCGAAUCGAAAGCAUACUUCCAGCUGACGGGCGACGAGAACUGGACAGACUCGGAGGACGAAGAGGAGGAGGGUGGUGCAGAGCAGGAAGAGGAGCAGGACGACUUCGGAAACGCGUACGAGGUCUUCGAGCUGGCGCGCGUGCUGUACACCAAGCAGCUGGAAGCCCAGGAGUCAAGUGAGGGCGCAGAUAAAGGCAAAGGAAAGGCGGAGGUCACGCCACAAGCUCGAGCGAUCAAGGAAAAGCUCGCAGACUGUCAUGGCUUCCUCGUCGAGAUCUCCUUCGAGAACGAGCGCUUUCAUGAUGCCAUCCCGGACGCUCGGUCUGCGGUCGCACUGCAGGAGGAGCUACAUCCAUUCGAGCAUGAGAACGUCACUGAGGGCCACUACUCGCUGUCGCUGGCGCUAGAGUUCGCGUCCGUGGCGAAGGUCCGCGAGCAGCAGGCAGGGCAAGACACGGAGACACCUGCAGAUGGCGCUCAGCAAGAAGACGUGAUCGACUGGGAUCUACGAAACGAGGCGGCAAAACACACUGAGCUCGCUAUUCAGAGCCUCGAAACGCGGUUGAAGCAAGAAGAGGCAGCUCUGUCGUCAGAGGCUCUAACGCCGGAGCAGAAAAAAGAAAAGGAAGCCAUUAUCACCGACAAGAAGAGUAUGCUAGAGGAUCUAAAGACCCGGCUUACGGAUCUGAAAGAGGACCCCACAAAGCAGCAAAUCGACGCCGUGGACCAAACGGUCUUCCAAGGUCUGCUCGGAGGCCUGCUAGGAGCUGAUGCCGCGACACAGAAAGCCAAGCUCGCUGAAGCCACCCAGGCGGCGAACGAUAUCUCCGGACUUGUUAAGACCAAGAAGAAGGAGAAGGCACCGGCUCCUGCGCCAGCUGCGUCAGCGUCCGCCGAGGCCAGCGGCAGCAAGAGGAAGCUUGAGGUCGAGGAGGAUGGAAUGAACGGAAAGAGGGCGAAGACGGAGGAGAUGCAAUAA